UCUGUUCCUGGGACAACCGUAAGAGAUGACAGUGUUCCGCAACAUUUAGUUAACCUGAGCAAUAUCUCCAUGCAAAACGAACCAAACAAACUAGCACAAUAAAGCUCUUAGUAAACCGACGCUCGGCAAAUAAAUUAAUGCAUUUGUUCUCGGUCAAGGAAGCAAAAAGAGACCCAAUUAACCAAACAAAUGGGUUUUCUUUUGUACAAUUUCUACAGGACCAAUCACAAUACCUUUUUCAUCUUGAGCCAGGUUCCCAUCUAUUCAGCCUCAUUAGUAGUGUGCUUAAAAAAAAUAACAUGCUACUUACAUUUAUUUUCUUCAAGGCUGGCCUCUGCUUUUGAAAAGCGAUUGAAACACGACCAAAGAAGAGUAGAGAAUACAUUAGAAUUUAACACACCUACUGACAUAGAGAAGGAUUUCAGUGACUUCUUUGACGGAGAAAGGAUAGAUGCGUGUGACGUCAUCGAGUCCACUCUGCACUCUGAGGAGGAGACUGACGUGGAAAUUUACUAUCCAAGAUUAGCUUGUAUAAUAUUUGUGACAGCUUACGAGCAGGUAAAGGAAGCAAGAGAAGCUGCGUGUGAUAUGUUUGCAAACGUCACAAGAUGGCUAAUUGAUGAAACUCCAAGGAUGGGCCAGGCGCUCUGCGUCUCAAGAAAGAAAGGGGAAUUUUCUUGUCAUUUUCCGGUCAAUAUUGGAGAUUUCCUUGGCAAAAAGGACAUAGAGAUAUCUAGAGAUGUUCUUGAUGGACUGAUCCUCUCGUUAAAGCAAACCGCGCACUUGUGCAACCUUGACUGCUUCGAACACGUUGUGAAAGAAAUUGUUUUGGAACGGUGGGAUAGAUAUCUCCAAGAGGAAAGCACACAGUUGUUACCAGCAGUACAAGUAUGUCAUGCCCAGGAGGUGUUAACACAACUUAGUGAUUACAUAAAAGCGUGUAUCCGCCUGGCCUGGAGAAUGGUAACACAGGUUCCGCCACUGCAGCUUGAAUACAAGUCUUUGAAGUUCGAUAAAGCUGUUCACAAACUGGCCAGAUUUCAGUGCAAUACAGACGAUCAGAGAUUCGGUGAAGCUCCUGGCGAGGACAUUGCUUGUUAUCUGUGGCCUGCUCUUUUAGAAGGAGGAGGAAGAAUAAUUUUUCCUGGAGAGGUUUUGUGUAAAUUGGAAUCAAAUUUCCCGGAUUAUGUUCACUUAUGAUCCUAUGAUUUUGUAACUUUACCACAAUGCUUGUCGAAAGCCUUUGUGUUUCAUCGCGGGUUAAAAGAGGACCCAUUUCUGUGAGUCGCGAUCUUCAUAUUUCCCAAAUAAUGUUCUGAAAGAUUGAAGAUAAAUACCCCGAUAUGCCACUUAGAUUUAAUUCUUUUCUUUUACCAGUGGAGUAGCAUAAACAAAUUUAAUAACUGUUAUGUUCAUAGAAUUGGUCAAUGAGAUUUGUAGACAUAUCACGAGUCCUCAGGUCUCAUCAAUUUAACAGCUGAGACUUUGGUUAACCUCACAGAAUCAUAAAAUUCGUUAAUUCUGUUAGUAGAUACAUUCUUAUCUCGCGUCAAAUUUGAAUUUACUGGCUUGAACUAACAACAACAAUAACAAUAUAAAGAGGGGCGUUAAAUGUUCUGCUUUAAAUGUACCCCCGAGAAAGAUUAAUAAGAGUAAUGCUGUAAGAGGAAGUAAAAGCAUGCAUGUUAUAGUUUCCUUGACUGUGAAAAAUGCUCGAAUAAAGACAUCACUGGUUUAAUUUGA